AUGGGGUUAUCAUUUAGGCAUAAAUCCAGUCACUUGGCUAAUAUCAAGGGCAAAAGUAUUCUCUACGAGGAUGAUGAUGAGCUGAUAAAGCUAACUGAUCAGGAUGAUCUAAAAAUCAUUGAUGAGUUCAGGCUGUCAUUGAUUGGCAAGAUUCUUAACCCAAAGAAACAAAAUGUCGAGAAGCUUAUCCAGAAAAUGCCUUUGCAUUGGGGUUUGGCUGAUCGAAUUGUUGCCAAUGACUUGGGUAAUGGGAAGUUUCUUCUUAACUUUUCAUCAGAAGAUGACCUCAACUCUGUUCUUAGACAGGGUCUAUUUCACUUCAAUUUAUGUAUGUUUGUGUUAGUAAGAUGCGAGCCCAUUGUUCAUGAUGACUACCCCUGGAUAAUUCCCUUCUGGGUUCAAUUGAUUGGCAUUCCUCUGCAUUUAUGGACGGAUAAAAACCUGAGAACAAUAAGGUCAAGAUUGGGGUAUGUUGACAAGGUUGAAUUCUCUGAAGGGCGGAUGCUCAUUAAUGUGGAUACUCGGCGCCCUCUUAAGUUCACAAGAAAGGCCGAAUCGGAUGGGGAUGAGGUCACAAUUGAAAUAAAGUACGACAUGUUGUUCAAGCACUGCUCCACUUGUGGAAUGCUUACUCAUGAGAAGGAGUCUUGUCCUUCCUUGGAGAUAAAGAAUAGGUUACAGCCAAAUACAGUGCGUCAAGAUGUCUUCACGAGGGUGCAAGUUCCUUUAGAACAAUCGCAUCAUCGAACCAGCUCUCAGAGCGUAAUCGCGUCUCGCCAGCCACUACUUACACCCACCGAUCUGAACAACCGUUCCUUUCGGUUAAGCUCUGAGUCUAGCGACAGGAAGUUGGACAUGGACUCUCGGUAUCGUGGAUCGCGUACUGAUUAUGGGUCAUACACUGAUAGGAUCAUGCGCCGACAGAAUGACUACUCCAGAAGUAGUAGAUAUGGUGGUUCACGAGCGUCUACGGGUCCUUAUGACCGAAACCGGGGCUCGACAUGGAGAGCAAAAUCAACAACGAUACACCAUGGAGCUAGCUUGACAAAAGCUAGUGAAAAAGCACGUGAGGAACCAAUCAACAGUAAUAGAGAGGUUGUUUCAUAUGGACAACCAUCACCUUCAAGAAGCACUGAUAGACAAAAUCAAGAGGAUGAGAGGGCUAGUGAGAAACGCGGUAUUAGGAGGUUAGCAAAGAAUCAGGAGAUGCCUAUUGCGGAUGAAGAUAACCAGAUUAUUGGUGCUUUAAAUGAUAUGGAGAUCGAAGAACAUCAGGAUGGAGGGAUGAUGGAUUGCGAUGUGCAGGGCGAUGAUUUAUUGGGCUUGGAGCUCAAGGAGAUGGACGCAAACACAUCUCAACCGAGUGCAUCAUCUCAUCCUGCAAGAUAUCUUAGGCUUUGGGGCUCGGAUCAUCGCCCGAUCUUAGCAGAUAUUCUUACAAAACCAGUGUGGAAAAAAAAGAAAUUCAAAUUUUAUAAACGUUGGUUGGAUAAUGAGGAACUAAGGCAAGUCAUCUUGGAAGGUUGGAAGUCAGAGGAUUUACCACCAGAAGCAAAUAUAAUAGAUCAUAUUGCUAGUUGUCGGAAGGCAUUGAGUCAAUGGAGGAGACAAAACAAUGUGAAUACAGAAAAGCAAGUGGAUGAGCUUAAGGAAAAGGUGGAGGAUCUAUAUUCAAAUGAUGAAGCUACCUCUGAGGAAAUAGCGGAUGCUCUUAAGGAACUAUCUACUGCUCUUAAGGCAGAAGAGAUAUUUUGGAGACAGAAAAGUAGGGUCCUGUGGUUAAGGGAAGGAGAUAGGAACUCAAAAUUCUUUCAUGCUCUGGUGAAGCAAAGAAGAGCAAGGAAUAGGAUCACACAGCUCCUAGAUGAAAAUGGAAAUGUGGUGGAGGAUGAGGAAGGAUUAGUAGCCAUUGCUACUAGCUAUUUCACGCAAAUUUUUGAGUCCUCGAACCCGGAGGAUAUAGCUGAUGCUUUGACAGAGGUCUCAACAUCGAUUACUGGGGCAGUAAAUGAGGACCUUACAAAACCAGUAACUGAAUGA